UAGUUGUGUUGUCCGGGUCUGUGUUGACUUUAAAGAAAGUAAAUACUAUGCUGAAGGUUUAAAAUUUUGUGAAAACCUACUAUUGUGUCGCGUGACCAGUCUAAAUAAAUUAAAACAAGUAGAAUUUUAAAAUAUUUUUAAAGUGCAUUUGCUGCUAACUUUACACGGAUGCAAUUAAAGAUCUAGUCAAGAGGCACAUGGGCGCGCAUGGCCGGCGGGGCGUGGAGGCGCGGCGCCGCGCGGGCGCGCACGCUGCGCACGUUGCUGCGUGACACGGCGCGCGCCUUGCAGGACGUGCAGGAUAUACUGCCCGUUGAUCCCGAGGUAUUAUCAGUCGUGCAGGAGAUCACCAACGAUACCGCAAGGCCUACAGCCCUCGUCAUCCUCGGAACCUCUCCGUCUGCGAGGGCGCGACUGCUAAACUGUUUGCUGGGGAAGAAACUCUUGCCGGAGUCCUUGCCGAGAGGGUCCAAAUGGCUUCGGAUCCAAUAUGGCGUAUCUACUCAAGUCCAUUUGACGGUGGGAAAUUCAGAAUUCGAGCUUGUCGAAGAGCUGGAGUGCAAUCAAAAACCAUGGGACACACUCCCUUUACAGGACCUUCUUCGCCAAUCGCACACCGACUUAGGAACAACUCUCGAGGUAGAACUAAACACAUCCUUACUAAAAGAUGGACUUCGCAUAAUCGUACCUCCGGACAUGAACACUGAACCCGGUUCUUCGGAUUACACCACACUGAAGCAAAUUCACAAUGAUCUGUACCACAAACGUGCGGCCAUUUUGAAAACAUACACCCCUAUUUUCGUAUACGCGUUAGAUAAGUUUGGGAGGAACAUUUUCAAUGAUAACGUCUCAAAAAUGUGCGUAUCCAGGGGUGAGGACGAUUUUUGGUCGACUUUCAAUCAGAACUAUAUGACGAAAGAUAGUAAUGGAGAGAAAGGGCAGGAAACGACACAGCAAGUUCUGGAGGAGAUGUGGACAGAGAGCAGUUCUGUGUUUAAUUUUGAGAACUUUCUCGAUCUUCAUCAAAUCAAAGAGAUAGAUUCAAACGCUCAGGUCUUCUUCUGCCUCUUCUCUAAUAGCAGAGCUGAAGAGAAGAGAAGGAACCCGCUGAGUGACGCCACAGAAUCUACUGAGUCUGCACUCUACAACACUGAGGAGCUACCCGAGUCAGAUCAGGGAAUCUUUAAAGAUGAAGAAUUCAGACAGACAGAGCAAUCUCCGCAAUCCAGCAAACCCAACAGAAGACUGCAAGAAGAACAAAUAGCAUUUAUGAAUGAACUGCUCGACCAAUGGGAGUUAAUAUCCCACCCACCGCAGAAGCACAACGUUAAGAGCCAAUGGGCGAUCCUGGACGACGUGGAGAUUUUCAAAAACUUGGACAAUUCGGAAGCGGAGCACGGGAAGAGAAAGAAGGAGAUUGACAGCGACCGCACGCAGAAGACUCGCGGCAGUCUCCUCAACCACGUGAUGCGGUUCGCCGCCGAGUCCUCGCAGGCGUGCCUGCUACACCAGUGCACCAGGCUGAGUGAGGUGCACGGCAGUGUGCUGCAGCGCUGCGUGCUGGCGUCGUUCGAGCUGGCGCGCGAGCUGCAGGUGGUGCCCGCCAAGGUGCAGUUCGUGGCGCGCCACGAGCAGCAGCUGUACGAGACAAUAUAUGAAAAAUUCUCCGAAGGCGACAAGAAACAAGAGUUAUUGCAGAUAAUGCAAGAAGUGUUGCAAGAAAUGAGGUCGGAAAUCAAUAACAUGGACUGGAGUGUUGAUGACCUCCCCUGCCACCAAGACAAACGCUACGCAAUGUCCAACUCAAUAUUUUACUCGUCUCGAAGCAGCCCGUCCAUAUCUCUGCAGCUGUCCAACCCGGACAGGAUAGGCAACGGAGCGGACCGGCCCGAGCGGGUGGACAGCCCGGAACCGGAAGACGAGUCGGACGUUGAGGAAGCCGUGUCAUAUGAGAGUUAUAACUUUGACGAUUUCGAAGUCAUACACUCCAAUGACGAGAGUUUGUGCAUGAGCGAUGUUUUUGGGAGACAGAGGUCUAAACCUGACUCCCCGACGUCGCUGGUCACUCCCAUACCCAUCGAGAAUGAGAUGGAAUUGUACAGUCUGUCGAACGCGUGGCGGAGCGUGUCGGUGACCACUCACAGCAGCGUGUGCACCAGCUCCAACAUCUCCAGCAAACAGGCCUCGCUGGACGUGCAAAGAACUGUCUUAUCGAAGUUAAGUCGAAAAAUCAGCUUAAAGAUGGUCAAAUUCGUUGAUUGUCUCAAAGACUCGUACUUCGGGACCUUGCAAAGGUGCCUGGGCUCGCUGGAGGCGGGCUGCCGGCGCGAGGGGGGCGCGCGGCCGGCCAGCGAGGCCAUGCGCCAGCUGCUGUCCGCGGCGCGGCGCGUGGACCUCACGCCCGCCGCCUCCUUCUCCGCGCUGCGCGGCCUGGCGCUCGCGCUGCGCCGCCUGCUGCACAGGCUACGCAUAGCGGGCGGCGAGGAGGAGUCCGCGUGCUGCGUGCUCAGCCCCGCGUGGCGCCGCUCGGCCGCGCUGCAAACCGCCCAAGAACUCACUCCGCAACGCCUCGCCAGGCUCAUCUCCGUGCAGAUCCUCGAAAGACUGAGCGAAGCACAUGAGAGGUACCAGUCAGCGCUUACAUCGCUGGAAAGUGCUCUCGCGAGUCGGCUUCACCAUACCGAAGACAUCAAACUGGCUAUAAGGAAAAAAUACGCACCAUCCUUCGCUCAACUAUGUCUCGAGAGUACCUCCAUGUGUGACCUACUGAUGUACGGAGCACCGGAACUGGGCCGUGAAAUUGGCCGCGGUCAGUACGGAGUGGUGUACGCGGUCCGGGGCGCGUGGGCCGGACACAAUCCGGCGUGCGUCAAGUCCGUGUUCCCGGCCGACGACAGACAUUACCGGGAACUGGCCAUGGAGUUCUACUAUACGAGGAGCAUCCCGGCGCACCCGCGCGUGGUGCGGCUGCUGGGCGCGCUGGUGGCGCGCGGCGGCGGCGCGGCGCCGGGCGUGCGGCUGGUGUCGCCGCGCUACUGCCGCGACCUGCACGCCGCCGUGCGCGCCGGCCUCGCCUUCCGCGCGCGCAUGCGCAUCGCCUGCGACGUCGUCGAAGGCAUCCGCUACCUGCACUCGCUGGGCCUCGUGCACCGCGACGUGAAGCUCAAGAACGUGCUGCUAGACGAGGCGUCGCGCGCGGCGCUGGCCGACCUGGGCUUCUGCGCCGCCGAGGCGCUCAUGUCGGGCUCCGUCGUGGGCACGCCCGUGCACAUGGCGCCCGAGCUGCUGGCCGGCCGCUACCACGCCGCCGUCGACGUGUACGCCUUCGGGAUCCUGUUCUGGUAUUUGUGUGCCGGUAACAUCAAACUGCCGUCCGCCUUCGAAACAUUCCAGAACAAGGAACAGCUUUGGAGUAAAGUAAAAAGAGGUCUACGCCCAGAAAGGCUUCCCAGUUUCAGCGACGAAUGCUGGGAGAUAAUGGAGUCGUGCUGGGCCUCCGAACCCUCAGAGAGGGCCCUUUUAGGAGACGUCCAGAACAAAAUAGAGGCUAUACUACAGAAAGCGUUGGAAGAAGAUCAGGGUCCCGUAAACUAUGGAAAUAACCGUGAAAAUUAUAAUUCUGAUGAUAGUCUGGAUAUGACAGGCCUACAUAGGGAUACAAGGGAUAAUUUAUGUUAGAUGUGUGGUAACAAGGCUGAAUAUUGUGUGAAUUGGGUUUUGGUGACAUCUAUAGCGGGCUGAGUGACAUUAGGAGUCUGGUUUUGAUUUUCUGAGGCGAUAUUUGACUUUUUAAUAUAUAAGAUGGCUCAAAACUUGCUUUGUGCGAUGUUUUUAAGCAGGUACCUAUAGUCGUAAAAAUGUAAUAGGCCCGUUUUGACAUUUGUCAUCGCGACGUAACUAGUUAAGGAACCAUAAGAC